GCGUCGGGCGUGCGUGACGUCUGGACGCAGCUUGCAGAAUCCGGAAGUGAUUGAGAGGAGAAAGAUGGCAGCUUCGCAGAUAUUCUGCAGCGCAGUGUUGUUGUUUUGUACCUGGGGGGCUCUGGGCUCUUUGGACACCGCCCUGGGGGACAGCUCGUCCUGCCACCAUGUGUGUGAAGGUACCUACCCCCUGCACACCUACCCUGAGGAGGAGGAGCUCUUUGCCUGUCACAGAGGCUGUCGUCUUUUCUCUAUCUGUCAGUUUGCAGGGAUCGGAGAAGACUUGAACAAGACGAAGCUGGAAUGUGACUCAGCUUGUACAGAAGCCUACCCCCAGUCCAAUGAGCAGUAUGCUUGUAUCCUGGGCUGUAACAGUCAGAUGCCUUUUGCAGAGAAGCGUCAAGAAGAGCUGUCUGAUAUGGUGCCUCGUAUACAUGUCCUUUUUCCUAUGACUAUGGUGAGAGCUUUCUGGAGUGACAUGAUGGAUUCUGCUCAAAGUUUCAUGUCGUCAUCCUGGACGUUCUAUAUUCAAGCAGAUAAUGGACAAAUUCUAGUAGUAGAGUCUCAGCCAGAAAUUCAGCAAAUACCACCAGUGUAUUCAGAAAACCCAUCUUCAAGAGUCAACUUGCUGGAUUCAGUUCAAUUAGACCUAGCAUCUGAAGGCCAUGCAGGAGAGGGACCAUGGAGCGGAAGAGGUGACCUUCUGGAAUUGGAAAGAGGAGGCAGCAUUAUGAAGUGUCUAGCUAUGAAUUCCAACUGGCUCCUCACAGCCACAUUGAUCCUGUCUAUCCUGGUACUGCUCUGGAUUUGUUGUGCUACAGUAGCUACAGCAUCAGAUCAAUAUGUUGCCUCUGAGAAGCUGAGUAUAUAUGGGGACCUGGAAUAUGCAAAUGAGCAGAAACUACACAAGUACUCUCCUGCCUCUCUAGUGGUCGUUCAUGGAGUUCCACAGGAAAAUGAAGAAGCCGGUCCUUUACCUACAAAGGUAGACUUGGCCAAGUCUGCCAUAUAACCAGCCAUGCAGCCUUCAACGAUCUCUUCCUGUCGUCAUGUGCAAGGGGCGCUCCAUAGCGCUAUGGAAUCCUAGAGAAACUACGAACUUCUAUAAACUCUCCAUCAGAUUGACAGCUUCCGUGUGGUGUGUGGGAAACCGGGAUCUCUGGUCUGGGUUAUAUAUUCCUAUCUAGGAUUGGAUCUAAUUUCAUAGCUAGUCUUUUGCAUAAUUUUGCUGCUGGGUGGAUGUUCUCCUGAUUUCGCUUCCUGAUCUGCUUGACUGUAAACCUCUUCUUAUCCAAUAGGGGGUUGUACUGAUACACC